AUGAUGUGGACAAAGCCAUUCGGUCUUUGCUUUGUUACCUUUGCCUCCACGGUAUCUGCAGGAGUUCUCAACCAACGCAGCUCGGACUCGUACAGUCUUUACGCUUAUGGCGAAAACAUUGGGGGACUUCCAUUAUAUUACGCCCAUGGAAUCGCGGUCAUUGCCAAUCACACGCCAGCCAACGCAACCGAUGUUGGCCAGGUUACAUUCACCCCUGGAUCCUCCGGGUCUCUAGUCGGCAACCCAACCAACGGCACCGAAUCUGACGGCAAGAGACGCACCUCGGGUUCGUUUUCCAACCAGGAAUUGUUCAUCCCAAGUGCCAACUCUACAGACCACCAAGUGGGCUUCACGGCUGAUGCAUCCUCGGACCAAGUCACCAAGAAAUUUGUCUGGUAUGGACACUUCCUGCUGGUGGAGACUGACGAGGGUGACUACACUUCUCUGUUCUAUGCCAAGGAGAAUCAGACGCAGGACGGGGCAUAUUCUCUGCAAUGGAAUAUUACCAACGAGGAUGAUGGAGAUGGUGAGUAUUAUGCCGUCUCCAUAAGGUCCAUUGCCCCAUCGAAUGUGUGA